CCCUCAGCCUCUCCAGCCCGGGAUUGCCACCGGUCCUUUCCCCGUCAGGUAUUCGUUGUGGGCUCUCUAGCCUUAGCUCUCCACCCAGCCAGGCUCUCUACAGUCUUGCGGGGUGUCGCUGGGUGCUCAGAAGUGCGGGACCUCGGGGUAAGGAGUUAACCCUCCCCGAGUCAGUUCCAAGCUAUGGCCCCCAGAGCCAGGAGGAGCAGUGGCUGGUUACCUCAGGUCCUUGUACGUGGAAUUCUCUCCUCCUUCCCUGUAAAUGCUAGGUUCUUGUUCCUUGCUUCCAGGAGCUUCCACCUUCCUUCCACUAGUUUUUUUUUUUUUUUUUCCCCCUUACGUUGGGGUUUAUGUCUUUGUACCCCAAUACUAGGCCCCCGGACCAGUUGUUUUUGCCACAGCUGUUAGAAACACCUGAACCCUUAUUUACUGCAUAGUUUCUAAAAGUUACUCACUUUUUAAAAAACUGAAAUGCAUUUAUUUAAGAAGGAAAUAUAUUUGCAACAUUAACGGAAAGCCAGUAUCACUUGCAUAAACUAAUAACUAUUAAAGUGAGCCUCAAUAGUCUGUGUGCACCUAAAACAUCUUGCACCUUGCCUGUCACUCUUUAGGAAACACUGAUCUCGUCCAGUUUUCUCAUUUUACCCAAAAGGGAACUGAGGCCCAUGAAAUGAAGCUAGUUAUUCUGAGUCAGAGAGACACUGGUGAAGUCAGAAAUGCAAGCCCAGGACUCCCCACCCUGGCUUUCUAGUCUUCUCAGGAACGUCUGAUUGGGUUGCAGUGGUAUUAUUUGUUUUAAAAUUUUAGUUUUUUUAAAACCUGAAAGGUUUUAAACUUUAGUGGCCUUAUUGUGGGAAUUUGGAGGAAAUGACUGAUGUUUGUCAAGUGGAACUGUGUUUCCUUGGUACAAUUAAUCUUCUUAAAUGGUAAUGUCUCUAAAAGUUGAAAGGCUUUCUGGAGGAUAAAAGGUACGGCUUUUCUCUUAAAGCUGAAGGCGGAGUCCAGCUUUUGAAAUCCUGUAUAUAUAUGUAUGUACAUAUAUAUACAUAUUUAUGAUUUAUUUUAUUUUUGUAGUUGAGAAUACAACAGCAGAACAUACACCAACAAUUUCUACAGGUACAGUUCAUUGACACUGAUUACAUUCUUCGAGUUGGAAUCAUAUUUUGAAGCAAGUAACAUUGAGGGCCUGCCCUGAAUGGGAAGAGAAAACCUAAAGUCCCCAGUUUUUAUGUGACCUUUUGUAUUUUAUUUUUGUUUUGAUGCCUUUUGCCUUACUAGAUUGUGAACUUAUUGUGAACAGGUAGUGACCUCUGCCUGCCUGUUGGUGAGUAGCUGACUUCAAACAAGGGGAGUGGUUGGUGGUCCUGGGUGUGGGUUUAUAUACGCAGAAGGGGAGUGGGAGAGAGAGGAGUUCUGGAAAAAGGCAAAGAAUAAUUUAGGUGCAAGCAACACUUUAUAAAAGUUAGCAGUCUUUAUUCAGUAAACAGUUUUAUUCAUGAUUCAUGCAUGUUGGGUCAGUUGCAGAAUAUCUGAGAUUACUGGCUGGAAGCAGUGCUGAUAAACACUUUACGGAAAGUGCUUAGCUGCCCUGGAACUGAAAGGUUCUGGGGGAGCCUGAGAUCAGCUUAUUUCCUCUCUCGGGCACCACUAUUCCUGCAGAGACCUGGCACUGGGCAGAGUGAUGGUUGACACCUUGGGUUUCUAAUUUGUGUUUUAGGCCCAUGGAAUUUCCUUGAAGGUAGGACUUUUUUUUUAAUAGGUGUCACACUUGGUGAGAUUGAAUGAAAACUCAAGGCUGUGAUUUUUGUUGUUGGUAGUGGUUUGUUUUUACAUUGUUGUAAAUAUGUAUGAAACCCUUCCUCCCUCUUUCCCUCUCUCUCUUCCUUUCUUCCUUCAGAAAUGCUGUACUUACUGAGUUCUAGGCCCUGGGGAUACAACAGAUCAAAAGCCACAGUACCUGCCCUCGUGUAACUUCUGACUCACUGGUUUUUAUGUUCCUGACCUGAUAAAACCAGUGUUUCUGAGGAACAGAACACUGACUGCCCUUAUUCAUCCAACAACCAUUUAUUGGACACCUACCAUGUGCUGGGCCUCGUGUUAGAUCUGUGGUGUAGAAAAACAGCUGAUACCGAAUCACGGUUUCCAAAGCACUGGACGGGUAGAGAAGAGAUGGCCCUGGGCACUGCAUCACAGACGAGAAGAGAAGGCUCCUUGGGGUGGGACGAGGUCAAGGAAAGCUCCCAGAGGAGAUGACAUUGGAGCUGGUCCUGGGGGACGGAGGAGUGGUCUGUAGGAAGGAAGGAGGGAUGGGUAUGCCCAUUCCAGGCAGAGGAAAAGAACAGGUGGAAUAUCGAGGGGGUAAAAACCACAGUUCCUUUGAGGCAACCAAAGCCAAAGGUGUGUGGGAGACACGGUAGGAGAGAGGAAUGAAGCUCUGGAAGGUCCAGUGUCCAGUUUGGGAAGGGCCUUCCUCGCAUGCCAUACUUAGGAGUUUGGUCUUUAUUUUGCAGGCAGUAAGGAAACAUCAAAGAGUUCAAAGAAGAACCAUCCGAGUAUGGCUGAAAAGAGACAGCGGUCAGUACUGGCCCAGCAUUUACCACACAAUGGCCUCUCCUUGCUCUACUAUGACUUACCAUCAUGACAGUAGACGGAUAUUUGUGGGCCAGGAUAACGGAGCCAUAAUGGAAUUUCAUGUUUCUGAAGAUUUCAAUAAGAUGAACUUUAUCAAGACCUAUCCAGCUCAUCAGAACCGGGUGUCUGCCAUCAUCUUCAGCGUGGCUGCAGAGUGGGUGAUCAGCACCGGCCAUGACAAGUGCAUCAGCUGGAUGUGCACCCGGAGCGGGAACAUGCUCGGGAGGCACUUCUUCACCUCCUGGGCCUCGUGUUUACAAUAUGAUUUUGAUACUCAGUAUGCUUUUGUUGGGGAUUAUUCUGGACAGAUCACCCUGCUGAAGCUUGAACAGAACACGUGUUCAGUUAUUACAACCCUCAAAGGACAUGAAGGUAGUAUUGCCUGCCUCUGGUGGGACCCUAUUCAGCGGUUACUCUUCUCAGGAGCAUCUGACAACAGCAUCAUCAUGUGGGACAUUGGAGGAAGGAAAGGCCGGACACUUUUGCUUCAGGGCCAUCAUGACAGGGUGCAGUCGCUGUGCUACCUUCAGCUCACAAGGCAGCUCGUUUCUUGCUCCUCAGAUGGUGGGAUUGCUGUGUGGAACAUGGAUGUUAGCAGAGAAGAGGCUCCUCAGUGGUUGGAAAGUGAUUCCUGUCAGAAAUGUGAGCAGCCCUUUUUCUGGAAUAUAAAGCAGAUGUGGGACACAAAAACCCUGGGAUUAAGACAGCAUCACUGCAGGAAAUGCGGGCAGGCCGUCUGCGGGAAGUGUAGCAGCAAGCGCUCCAGUUACCCCAUCAUGGGCUUCGAGUUCCAGGUCCGGGUGUGCGACUCCUGUUAUGACUCCAUCAAAGAGGAAGAUCGGACUUCUCUGGCAACCUUUCAUGAAGGAAAACAUAACAUUUCCCACAUGUCCAUGGACGUUGCUAGGGGACUAAUGGUGACCUGUGGGACCGAUCGCGUUGUAAAGAUAUGGGACAUGACGCCUGUGGUUGGUUGCAGUCUGGCAACUGGAUUUUCUCCACAUUGAUCCAGGAGCUGGACGAUGUAUACACCUUACGAAAGCAACCUUCACCAAAUGAAAUCCUUCCCGUGUAGCUCCACGGUCACUGUUGCGUGAAUGGAUGGUAGCCACUUAAAUCAACAUUUUUAAGAAGAAAAAAAUGUAAAAGCAUGUUGUUGGGCGCUUGUACAACUACUCUGUGGGACUAAUGUGGAAAAGGUUUCUCUGUAGUGGUUCGCUGAGAAAUGGACUUACUUCAACGCAGUUUCCUCAUGAACAGUGAGCUACUGUGUACUGAAAGAAUAAUCUAGCAAAUGAGAGUUUUAGAGGGAAAACAUAGAAGAAAAAAGUUAACGGCCUAGAACUUUCUCAAAGUGGUUCCAAGUGUAAACACACCUCUGCUCAGACUACGUGGCUUUUCUAGGGCUGUUUGUGGCUCUGUUGGAGCAGAAAUUAAGGGGAAGGAGGACUUGUUCUCUCUUUCUUGAGGGGUGGCAAUAGGAAUUUAACAAACCAGAGAUCUCUCCUUAUCUUCUGGCAGUAUGUGAAUAUUCUCUACACUUAGUUAUUGAUAAACUUCUUACAGAUAUCUGUUCUCUUCAGGUAGUGCCAUAAUCUGCACUUAGUAUUUCAUUCACUUCAGUUUUUUCUCUUCCUGGCCAAUAUGCCCAAGGGUAAAUCUUUGUAGUUGUGAUUAAGUAAAUUGUGAAAUUUCUGUGAUAACCAAGGCAGUCCACAGUCUGCCAUUUCCCCCGAAUAUGCUCUGAGGACAAAACUUUUUUUAAUGGUGCUGUUAAUAUGAGGAUCACACAAGCCGCCUGACCUUUUCUCAUUGCAAUUAGUAAUGACGAGUGGAAAACCUAAGUUACCCCCAUGGUUGUAAUGGGAAGUGGUCAGUCUGUUCCGUGGAACAGCCCAGUCCUCCUGCUACUCACAGACAGAAUCUGUUUUUACUUCUCACUUAAGCCCAUGUGACGUUACAACUUAAUACACACCUCAGAAGGGUACUCCAGAGCUUUUAAACUAUACUGACCUUCAGUUGUAACUAAUAUUUCACAGAAAGAAACUGGUGACCCUGAACCAUAAUCAUUAACCAGGACUUACACAAUUUUUUUUUUUUUUACCAACCCAUAAGGUCCCUUCAUAGUAACUGGUAACAUUUGUUGUACAAAUGGCAUUUUUAAAGCUUUUGGCCACUUAGUACCUGGGUGGAGAAGAGGUAGCAAAUUGGGACCCGGUCAUUUAAUAUUCAAAUAUUUAUUUGUUGAUAUUUUAACAACAGAACAUGUAUGUGUUACUUUAGGGCUAUGGGAGUAGAGAGGGGCCUCCUUUUUUUAAGGACAACUUUAAAAAUAGAUAGCAACAGUGCUUUUGUUAGUUUUACUAAUGUGAGUUGAUAAGAACUCAUUAUUGUAUCACCAGGUUGGCAUCGUAUCAAGACAACAUGGUCGCUCUUACCUGAUAAAACUAAGGCACAGAAUCUGCUUUAUAACAACAGCUUAGAGGGACUCUAACUCUUAAGAAAGGCAGUGAGAAGAAGAUGGAGGACGGGUGUAUUACAUUCUAGCAUGACCUGCAUUAAAAGUUGACUUGUCUUCAGAAAUAAGAUGAAGGGUUUUGUUGCUCUUUAUAAUUUUUUGUGUUAUAUCACGUAGGAAAGAUUUUUCUCUUUAAAAAAGCUUUUCCUAGGUUCAACAUAGCCUGGAAGAAAAAUUGAGCGAUGGUAACUUUUAAGCCACAAUGACGAAUGUUCAACUUCUUGUAUUAAUUUUAGUUCAGUUCAGUUCAGUUUAGUUCAUUGUUCAGCCCAUACAAAGGUGCUAUCUCAGACAUUUAUUAAGUCCUGAAAGGAAAAUAGAAUGUGAUCAAACCCAUGCCAUGGUGAAGGGUGUAUACUGUGGUUUUGUUUUCCCUUAACUUCUGUAGAAUGUGGUGUUUUUUUUGUUAUUUUUGUUUUUUUAAUUUCUGUGGAGGACGGGCAGAAUAUUACAGCUGUGGAGAAUGCUCCAUAGCUUUCAAUCUUUAGUUUUUAAACAAUUCUUAAUGGAAAAAAAAAAAAAAAGCAUUGCAUAGAGAACACGAAGUUGUUUUAGCACCGCCCCAAAAAAAAAAAAAUUUUUUUUUUUUUUUAAGGCAUUAAGUUUUUAAG